AUGGCGCUUCCUCCUCCUCAUCGCUUGCUGCCGCGCUCUUCCAGCUUUACGAGCAGCGUCAUCACCCCCGCGUCCCCACACAGUGGCAGUCACAGACCCAAUACGUUCGUACCAAACGCCUCCACCACUACCGCCACCGCGGCGCAGCUCUCCCUGCUCCGCGCCCACGCCCGCGCCGGCCGGAUGCGGCCCGCGCAGGAGGUGUUCGACGCAAUGCCAGAUCGAGGGAGGUCCCUUGUCGCCUGGACCACGCUCAUGUCCGGGUACGCCACCCACGGUCCAGCCUCCGAGGCGCUCGAGCUGCUCCUUUGCAUGCUCGGUCUUCUCGUCAGACCCGACGCCUUCGUCUUCUCUGUCGCGUUACGCGCCUGCGCCGCCGUCGGGAGCCUUCGAUUCGGCAGGCAGCUCCAUGGCGCCGUCGCCAAGCUCGGGUACGUUGGCGUAGACCUCUUCGUGGCCAACGGCCUCGUCACCAUGUACUCGAGCUGCCAGUCCCUCCGUUGCGCCGAGAAGGUCUUCGGCAGUAUCGCCUCUCCGGACCUGGUUUCCUGGACAUCCAUGCUCAGUGCAUACACUGAGAACGGAUGUGACGCCGAAGCACUGAUGCUGUUCAUGGAAAUGAUCCGUGAUGGCGUCGCUUGCGAUGCUUUUACACUGUCGGUGGCACUCAGGGCAGCUUCGAGUUUGGGCCAUGUGGGAUUGGGCCAUCAGCUACACUGCUGCAUGAUCAAGAUGGGUUUGGUCGGCAAGGAAUUCCUGGAUAAUUGUCUGAUCGGAUUCUACGGACGGUCUGGUGAACUGCAGCUGAUGCGAAACGUGUUCAAUGAGAUGAAUGGCAAAGAUUUGGUUUCUUGGAACACCAUAAUCCAGUGUUAUGCAGAAAACUUGUGCCAUGAAGAAGCCUCAGCUCAUUUUCGUGCUAUGAUGUUUGAAUUCGCAGAAUGCGAUGAGUUUACGCUGGGCAGCAUUCUUCAUGUUGUUACCAGAACUGGUGCUUUUGGUCAUGGUAUGGAAAUACAUGGCUACCUCAUCAGAGCCGGUUUGGACUCUGACAAGCACGUCAUGAGUGCUCUCAUUGAUAUGUAUGUCAGUUGGGCUACUCUUCGUAAGAGGUACCGGGUGUUUCCUUUGAGAAUGUUAAAAUAUUAUCUGACAGUGCAGGGCAAGCUGGAUCAAUUCAUCGUGGCAAGCAGUCUGAAGUCAUGUGCUUCUGGUCUAGAUCUGGUAGCAGGGAGGAUGUUGCAUGCUUGCAUUUUAAAGUCUGAUAUGAAUCCAGAUUCUUUUGUUACUAGUUCGUUGGUUGACAUGUAUGCUAAAUGCGGUGCUCUGGAUGAAUCAAAUCUUCUGUUUUCAAGAACCAAGAAUCCAGGUACAGCUGCGUGGUCUGCUGCUAUCUCAGGAAACUGUCUGAAUGGCCAGUACGGAAUAGCAGUGCAUUUGUUUAGGAGUAUGCAGUCAGAGCAUGUGCAACCUAACGAAUUCACCUACACCGCUAUACUUACGGCAUGCAUGGCUCUUGGAGAUACUGUAAGUGGUAUGGAGAUCCACAGCAACUUGAUUCGAAAUGGCUAUGGAACCAACACCUCUGUCCUGAAAAGUUUGAUUACCUUUUACCUAAGACAAGGUCGGUACCACCAGGCUCUGAAACUGUGCUUAGCACUCUCAAACCAUGAUAUUUCUUGGGACACACUGGUCGAAUCAUUUUCUCAGGUUGACCAUCAUGUUGGAAUAGUUUAUCUUUUUCAUGUUAUCCAACGUUGUGGCGCAAACCUUGACUACCAUACUGCACAUCUCAUCUUGAGUUCGUGUGGGAAGCUGGGACUUCUUGAGGAAGGGUUGCAAGCACAUGCCUACAUGACCAAGUGUGGCCUUGCUUCCACUGCUUGUACCAACAGCUACCUCAUCGACAUGUACUCCAGUUGUGGUAGCCUUAGGCAUGCGUUCGAUGCCUUCAACUAUAUGCCUAACAAGGAUGCAUCUUCCUGGACGUCAAUAGUGGCGGCAAACGUCGAGAAUGGCUGCCCAGAGACUGCCAUUCGCCUGUUUUCACAGAUGCAGAAGGAGAAGUGCCGUCCGACACCGGAGGCAUUUUUAUCUGUGCUGAAGGCCUGCGCGAGAACUGGCCUAGUAAAUGAAGCAUUCAGGUUUUUUGCGUCCAUGACGGAGGUUUACAAGAUACAGCCCUCGGAGGAGCAUUAUUCCCACAUGAUUGAAGUCUUGAGUCGUGCGGGGAUGUUCAAGGAGGCAGAGCAUUUCAUCGACAGUGUCGUUCCUUCUGAAUCUGUCGCAUCGGCCUGGAGUUUGCUUUGUGCUGCUGCGAAACAGAACGGAAAUGAUAAGACGGUAGAGCUUGCAGGAGACAGACUAGCAAGGCUUCCUGGUGGCUGCUGA